UUCAACCAUAAGCAUUCCGCACGCCGACUCGUGCGCACGUAUGACACUUGUGUGCAACAGAUAAUACAGCGGGCGAGUGACGCUCCCUAAGAAACCUAGAGUUGAAAUCAAUAAUGUCAUUGGAAGUUUAGUUCUGUGAUAAGAGGUUGUUGUGCUAUUUUAAUAUAAUAACAAAGUGUACUGUUAUAGUGUGUGUUGUGAAAAAUGUUCCCUAGAAUCCAAGGACUCUUUCACUCCGUAACGGAGAAGCGAUCUCAAAAUCACGACGGCGAGAACAGCAUGACCAUCGUCACAGAAAAGAAGAUAGAAGAUGACGCAUCGGAAUCUUCUGGAGGAGAGAACGUGGAUAUAGAAGACAAGUCUCUACCAAUAGUAGGGACAGCCUUAGAGCCAGUGGACUCCGAGGGUCAUUCAGCCCAGUGUUCAUGCCCCAACUGUGACGAGGUUCUAUCCAGAUUCUCCGAAUGCAGCAUUUGUCUAGAACCUUUACAGUGCUGCGGCCCAUGCGUCUGUCCCUGGUGCGGAGGAGUGUGGUGUGUGAGGUGUUCCAGACGUAUGUCUAGGUGUGCGUGGUGUCGGAGCAGUCUUAGAACACCAGCCGCCCCCUGCCUCGCGCUACAACGCCUCAUCAACGAUCUGAUGCUACCGUGCAGGAAUUACAGACGAGGUUGCACGGAACUCCUGACAUCUAGUACUAGAGUAAAACACGAAGAGGAGUGCAAGCAUGACACCAUGAUCUGCCCCAUCACAGCGACAUGCUGCACGGUCCCCUUCGAAGAACUCUCCGCCCACCUUCAGGCCAACCACAACAUAAUAGCCGUCUAUUCGCAGAAAAUCAAAAUAUUAAUAGAAAACUUCCAAACCAAACUCAAGAAGACCGCGUGCUGUAGAACUAAAUAUAAAAUAAUUUUGCUCUACCAGAAGAGCGCUUUCAUCAUCAAAGUAUGCAUAUACAAUUACCAUGUGAAAGUGGAGGUCAUGAGACGGAAACUCGGCUACAUAGCUGAUGUCAAGUCUGAAUCUAAGAAGAGCGAUUACUGUGCAGUGAUCGAGUUCCAGAGUAAGGCUUUGUGUACUAAAACAGCUAUUCUCAUAGAGAACGAGGCUUACAGCAAGAAAGCCGAGGUCCAAUGGAAUGACGUGAUACUGAAGUCAGAAAACGACGAGGCGAUAACGAUCCACGUGAACAUCGGUAAAACUGAACCAGAACCGAUGAAAAGAGAAAUCUCUGAAUCAUGAUAUCACUGGGACUUAAUAAAUAAGCAUUGAAAUCUGUCGACAUGAUUUAUAAAACAAUCAUGGCAGACAUGUGAUGUCAUUUCGCAAUCGGAGAUGACUUAAAACGUAUGUAAAUCAUCUCUGAAUGAUAUUUGUUGAAGGCCAAAACUUAAAUCAGUGUCGAAAGCUGAUCUAUUCUAGUUGUAAAUAUUGUGGACGAACUGUAUAUACGAGUAAAUAUGUAAUGUGAAGAGUGUUCCUGUAUCUCGUCGUUCGUAGCGACAAAGUACAUUCCAAGUAAUUUGGAUCUUAUUUUUGUGAUUUUAUUAUUAGUGUACAAGUGUCUAUAUGGUAUAACAUGCGACUGACGUAGAAUUAAUGUUUAGCAAAGAUAUAGUCGUUCUUAAGUAUACAAUAAAUAUUAUUAGACUUA